CUAUACCAAGUUUCGUUUGCUUGCUGCAAACAAAUCUAGAUAGAUUCCGGUUCAUACCUGCAGAGUGUUCGUACAUUUCACAUUGUUUGUGUACAACAAGAAAAAACAUACCCUAUAUAUAAACUUCUUUCUCCGGUAACAAUAUGUCGGGAACUAGAGCAUAUCAUUUGUAUAGUUGUAAUGGAAUAAUAGUCAGUUGAGCCGCCUUUUGGAUUCAAAUUUACACUCUAUAUAUAAACUUCUUUCUCCAUAAACAAUAUGUCGGGAACUAAAAGUUCCUGCUGAGAUAUUGUGUAGUAGAGUUGGUGCAUUUUCAAGGUAAUGGGAGAAGGAAAGAUUAAGAGUCCGCAGAUUAGUAGUUCUGAUUUUUAUCAGUCUAGUGAUGGUGUUGAACUUACUGAAGUCGAUAAAAAGGUUCUUGAAAAAGAUGAAAUGAAGGACUUACUAGAUAGACUUGUGAUGAUUCCAGAGAUACAUAAUGAAGGAUUCUUGUUAAAGCUCAAGCAACGAUUAGAUAGAGUUGGACUCGAGGUUCCAACUAUUGAAGUCCGCUUUGAACAUUUAAAUGUUAGCGCGGAAGCUCAUGUUGGUAGCAGAGCAUUGCCUAGUAUACAAAAUUCGUGUGCUAACAUGCUCGAGGGUUUUUUGAGUUAUCUUCACAUUCUUCCCACCCGAAAGAAACCAUUACCUAUACUCCAGGAUGUCAGUGGUAUUAUCAAACCUGGCAGAAUGGUUUUGCUUUUAGGUCCUCCGAGUUCUGGGAAAACAACUUUACUUCUAGCUUUGGCAGGAAAACUUGGAUCAGAUUUACAGGUAUCCGGGAAAGUAACUUACAAUGGAUGUGAGUUGAAUGAGUUUGUGCCACAAAGGACAUCGUUGUACAUAAGCCAAUAUGAUAAUCACAUGGGAGAAAUGACGGUCAGAGAAACAAUAGAUUUUUCAGCAAGAUGUCAAGGGACCGGAUCUCGUUAUGAUAUGUUAGUAGAACUAACAAGGAGAGAAGAGGAUGAAAAUAUCAAAGCAGACCCUGACAUUGAAAAAUAUAUGAAGACUACAUCACGAGAUGGGCAAGAUGUUACUCUGUUGACUGACUAUACUUUAAAGAUUCUGGGACUCGAUGAUUGUGCUGACACCAUUGUUGGGAAUGAAAUGAUAAGAGGUAUUUCUGGAGGAGAGAAGAAGAGAUUGACAGCAGGGGAGAUGAUGGUUGGACCAGUAAGAGCAUAUUUUAUGGAUGCCAUAUCAAAUGGUUUGGAUAGUUCAACAAGCUAUCAGAUUGUGAAUUCAAUCAGGCAAUUCAUCCACAUUCUUAAGGGGACUGCUGUUAUCUCACUCCUUCAACCUGCACCAGAAACUUAUGAACUGUUCGAUGACAUUAUCCUGCUUUCAGAUGGAAAAAUUGUCUAUCAAGGGCCUUGCGAAAAUGUGCUAGAGUUCUUUGAGUUCAUGGGAUUCAAGUGUCCUGAAAGAAAAGGAGUUGCUGACUUCUUACAAGAAGUGACGUCAAGGAAAGAGCAAGAGCAAUAUUGGAUGAAUAAAGAUAAAGCAUAUAGUUUCGUUAGUGCAAAAGAAUUUGCAGAAAAAUUCCAGUCCUUUCAUGUUGGCGUGCAACUAAGUAAUGAUCUUGCAAAUCCAUAUGACAAAGCCAAGGGCCAUCCUUUAGCUUUAAGAAACAAUAAAUAUGGUGCUAGCAAGAAGGAACUUCUGAAAUCUUGCGUAUCCAGGGAAUACUUGCUUAUGAAGAGAAACUCCUUUAUCUUCAUCUUCCAAAUUACACAAAUCAUCUUUGCAUGUUCUGUAGCAAUGACGGUGUUUUUAAGAACCGAGAUGCGCAAGAAUACAGAGGAAGAUGGUCUACUUUACCUCGGUGCUCUUUACUAUACAGCAAUCACUCUUAUGUUUAAUGGUCUAGCUGAAGUCGCCAUGAGCACCAUGAGACUUCCUGUAUUUUACAAGCAAAGGGACCUUCUGUUUUUUCCAGUUUGGGCAUACUCAAUACCUACAUGGAUCCUUAAACUCCCUGUCUCACUCUGGGAAGUUUUACUUUGGGUGUUUAUGACCUAUUAUGCUAUUGGAUACGAACAAGAUUUUGGAAGAAUAAUCAAACACAUUCUUGUGCUGCUUUGUCUUCAUCAAAUGGCCUCAGCACUAUAUCGGUGCAUAUCUGCUAUAGGAAGAAGCAUGAUUAUUGCGAACACCUUAGGUUCAUGUACAUUACUUGCAGUACUUGCUUUAGGUGGAUUUGUCUUAUCAAAAGAUAACAUCCAUCCUUGGUGGAUAUGGGGUUACUGGAUUUCACCAUUGAUGUAUGCACAAAAUGCUAUAGCAGUAAAUGAAUUUCUUGGGAAGAGUUGGAGACACGUUCUUCCCAACUCAACAGAACCGCUGGGAGUGACUGUCUUGAAGACACGUGGACUCAUGCCAGAUGCAUACUGGUACUGGCUAGGGAUAGGAGCAUUGGUUGGAUAUAUGUUCUUCUUUAAUUUUCUCUCUGCGGCUGCUCUAGCCUACUUUAACCCAAUCGGGAGGCCUCAUGCAAUUUUAAGUGAGAAAACUUUCGCUGAGAGGAGCUCUUCAGAAAAGGGAAAUGACGUGGGAAGAAACAUAACAUCCGGUGCAAUGUUAACAACCAAUGGCAGCAUAGAUUUAACUUCCAAAAAGAAUCAUGGGAUGAUUCUUCCUUUCCAACCCCUUUCCAUCAGUUUCAAUGAUAUCAAGUAUGCAGUGGAUGUUUCACAGGAAUUGAAAGCUCAAGGUUUCGUUGAAGACCGACUAGAAAUAUUGAAAGGUGUUAGUGGUGCAUUCAGGCCAGGAGUUCUUACAGCACUGAUGGGUGUUAGUGGAGCUGGAAAGACCACUCUAAUGGAUGUCUUGGCUGGAAGAAAAACAUGUGGCUAUACUGAAGGAACAAUUAUGAUAUCUGGCUACCCCAAGAAGCAAGAAACUUUUGCUCGUAUUGCAGGAUACUGUGAGCAGACAGAUAUUCACUCACCUUAUGUAACAGUUCACGAGUCUCUGCAGUAUUCAGCAUGGCUUCGGCUGCCUCCUGAAGUUGAUAAUUCAACCAAAAAGAUGUUUGUUGAGGAAGUUAUGGAGCUUGUGGAGCUGACCCCCUUGAAAGGAGCCCUUGUUGGACUACCAGGUGUAGAUGGUCUCUCAACCGAGCAACGCAAAAGGUUAACUAUUGCAGUUGAGUUGGUGGCUAACCCAUCCAUAAUAUUCAUGGAUGAGCCAACCUCAGGUCUUGAUGCCAGGGCAGCAGCAAUUGUCAUGAGAACAGUGAGAAACACCGUGGAUACAGGCAGAACGGUGGUGUGCACUAUCCACCAGCCAAGCAUUGACAUAUUUGAUGCUUUUGAUGAGUUGAUUCUACUGAGUUCUGGAGGUGAAGAAAUAUACGUCGGACCAUUAGGCCAUCAGUCUUCCGAACUUAUUGAAUACUUUGAGGCAAUCAACGGAGUUCCUAAGAAAAAAGAUGGUUAUAAUCCAGCAACGUGGAUGUUGGAUGUAACGUCGAAGGUACAAGAAGAAACACUAGGAGUUAAGUUUGGUGAAGUGUACAAAAAAUCAGAAUUAUAUAGGAGGAACAAAGAAUCUAUAGAGGCCAUUAGCAUACCAACACCUGAUUCUCAGGAUCUACAAUUCGCGACACAGUACUCACAAUCUUUCUUCACUCAAUGCAUAGCUUGCCUCUGGAAACAACACUGGUCGUACUGGCGAAAUACUAAUUACAGUUUUGUGAGAAUUCUAUUCGCACUUUUCACAGGAUUACUCUUCGGGACUAUAUUCUGGAAUGUUGGUCCAGUGAGGGGGACAAAGCAAAAUCUCUUCGACUCGAUGGGCUCAAUGUAUGCAGCUGUUACAUUUCUUGGCAUGCAGAGUGCUUCAUCAGUACAGCCAGUUGUUGGUGUCGAAAGGCCAGUCUUUUACAGGGAACGCGCAGCUGGGAUGUAUUCAGCCAUUCCAUAUGCAAUUGCACAGGUCUUGAUCGAGGUUGUUUACAGUUUUAUCCAGACAUUCCUCUAUGGCAUCAUAGUUUAUGCCAUGCUCGGAUUCGAAUGGACAGCAGUCAAGUUCCUCUGGUAUAUAUUUUUCAUUUAUUUCACCUUAUUGUACUUCACCUUCUACGGAAUGGUGACAGUAGCCGUGACUCCGAACCCCAACAUCGCUGCUGUAUUUUCCACAUUUUUUUACGGGCUCUGGAACCUUUUUUCGGGUUUUAUCAUUCCAGUAACAAGAAUACCAGUGUGGUGGAAAUGGUGCUACUACCUCAGCCCUUUUUCGUGGACAUUGUAUGGAUUACUUGGUUCACAAUUCGGAGACAUCGAAGAAAAACUUGAAAAUGGUGACACUGUGGCACAAUUCAUUAAGAGCUACUUUGAUUACGAUCAUGACUUUGUGAAAUAUGUCGCAGUUAUUGUAUUUGGAUUGGCCUUUCUAUUUGGUUGCAUCUUUGCUGUGUCAAUCAAGGCAUUUAACUUUCAGAAACGAUAGCGGAUAAGUGUCUACGUGUUAUCGGUUAGGUGGAUAAGAAAACGCAGAGUACAUGAGUAGUUACAUUGACAUUGUGAGUUUUUCCCCAGCAAAUCCCAUUGGUGCUGAUGGGGAGACUUCUUGGCAAAUAAAAUGGUGCAUUAUAUUUUUUGUUCCCCUAUUCUUUCUUCAAAUCAUGUAGCGCAUGCACAUUCAUUAACUAAGAACUGAUAUAGUUUGUGCAUUAUGUCAUUUCUAUUAAUAUUUGUAGCGGGAAAAUAAAUUUAUAUGACAGAUAUUAUUAGAGUUCCAGUUCACUGUCAUUUGUGCAUUUUGUUGUUCUAUUGUAUACGGAGUACACAGCAAAAUGAACAGCAUUACUCAAGUAAGGCCGUACAUAAAAUCACAAAAA